ACAACUCCUCCUCUUUUUAAAGCUAAGCUGGUAAUGAAGAAAUGGUGCAAAUAGAUUUACCAAUAAAGAGAUAUAGAGAAUAUGAGCUGGUGACUCCAGUCAGCACAAAUCUAGAAGGACGCUAUCUCUCCCAUACUCUUUCUGCGAGUCACAAAAAGAGGUCAGCGAGGGACGUGUCUUCCAACCCUGAGCAGUUGUUUUUUAAUAUCACAGCAUUUGGAAAAGAUUUUCAUCUGCGACUAAAGCCCAACACUCAACUAGUAGCUCCUGGGGCUGUUGUGGAGUGGCGUGAGACAUCUCUGGUGCCUGGGAAUAUAACCGAUCCCAUUAACAACCAUCAGCCAGGAAGUGCUACGGAUAGAAUCCGGAAAACAGAGCCUUUGCAGACUAACUGUGCUUAUGUUGGUGACAUCGUGGAUAUUCCAGGAACCUCUGUUGCCAUCAGCAACUGUGAUGGUCUGAACUCUGUCAUCACACCUGUGAGACACUCUAGCCACAUGGAGAAGCAAAUCCUUGAGAUAUCCUAGCCCAGGUGUCAAACAUGUGCAUGAGGAUCCUCUAAAUGUUUCUAGACCUCAGCCAUUCAAGUCACUUCCAGCUCUUUAGAUCUGUCCAGCUAGUCCCCAGACUUUGUGGAGCAAAGAGAAGCCAUCUGCAUUGUGCCUGUCUGAAAUCCUGACCCAUAGAACCCAGAGAAAACAUGAUGGCUGGAGCUGCAGCAGUCAUCUAGUGACCAUGAAGGAAAGGCCAUGAGAAUUGCCCAGGUGCCAGCCUCCACGUCAUUAAGUUGUGGAACCAAUAUCAGUAGCCACUUACUGAACUUUUUGUCAAGGCUUCCAUUUCAUGUUAGUAUUGUUGGAGAGCACCAGCACAUGGUUCUGUGUGGGGAAAGGCUGUGAAUAUUUAAACUGGUAGCUACAGCACUGAUGUAACUGAUGAAUAAACCAACAUCAGCUCUGUUUAGCCUUUUCUCCAUGACAAAUAUGCAGCCUUGGAUGAGA